AACGUGACUGCAGGUGCGCGGUUAGGCGCUUUCCCACCAACUAAAAUUAAAUUCAAUUACUGAGUUUCCCACUUUCCCAACUAAAGUUAAAUUAAAUGAUUGGAUUUUCUGAGGGCUCUGCUGUGUGCCGGGGAAGUUGGCGCAGCACGCGGCGCCGGGCACACGGCUCCAAGCGCUGCGGGACACGGGCCCGCCCGACCGCCGUGAGGAUGCGGGGGAUGCUACCGAGGGCGGGCGGCACCGCCGCAUCCCGCCGGGACCGGGACCGGGAUCGGGAUCGGAACCGGAGCCGGCAUCGGGCCGGAGCCGCCCUCCGCGCCCGGCACGCCAUCAUCCCGCGCCGCCCGGCCCGUCACAUGCGCUCGGCUGCUGCAACAUCACCGCCGUGCGCCGGCCCGCCAUGCCGGAAGUGCGGAGCGAGCGGCGCAGCCGGGCUCCGCCGCCGCUGGGCCAUGGCCGCCGCCCGCGGGGCUCCGUGCCCCGCCGGGCUCUGCCCGCUGCAGUUCGCUCCCUUCAGCAGCGCGCUGGACGCGGGCUUCUGGCACGAGCUGACCCAGAGGAAACUCAACCAGUACCGGCUGGACGAGACGCCCAAGCUCAUCAAGGGCUACUACUACAACGGUGAUCCUUUGGGUUUGCCAGCUCGAUUGACACUGGAGUUCAGUGCCUUUGACAUGAAUGCUUCAAUACCAGCACGUUGCUGUCCUGCUUUUGGAACGUUGUAUAACACCAACACUUUUGAGACUUUCAAAUCCUGUGAUAAGAAAGCACUUCUGGACAAGGAAGCAAAAGAGAUUUGGGAAUCAAUCAAAUCUGGAGCUGCUCUGGAGAACCCAAUGCUCUUGAACAGGUUCCUGCUGUUGACAUUUGCAGAUUUAAAAAAGUAUCAUUUCUAUUACUGGUUUUGCUACCCUGCUCUCUGCUUCCCUGAUGGAAUUCAGAUAACUCAGAAACCUGUCUGCCUUGGGGACAGGUUCUCACUAAAUCAGGUUCAAGCCCUGCAGAAAGCCUACGAUGACCUCUGCCAGGAGGAGGGCGUGACAGCCCUGCCUUAUUUUUUAAUUAAAUAUCAUGAUAAUUCUGUCAUGAUAUCCCUGCUGAAAAAGUGGGAUGGCUUUUUUCAAGACCAAGGAGGAAAGGUGACAGUUGGAGUUUAUGAUCCUUGUAAUUUAUCCCAGUAUCCAGGAUGGCCACUGAGAAACUUCCUGAUCCUGGCAGCCCACAAAUGGGGCAGUGCUCUGCAGAGGGUUGAGGUGCUCUGCUUCAGAGACAGGACCAUGCAAGGGGUGAGAGACAUCACACACAGCAUCAUCUUUGAAAUCAAACUGCCAGAGGCACCCCUGGGCCCAGAUUGUCCAAAAGCUGUUGGAUGGGAGAAAAACCAAAAGGGAGGCAUGGGGCCAAGGAUGGUGAAUCUCAGUGAAUGCAUGGAUCCAAAAAGGUUGGCAGAAUCAUCUGUGGAUCUGAAUUUGAAGUUGAUGUGCUGGAGGUUGGUGCCUACUCUGGAUUUGGAGAAGAUUGUGGCUGCCAAGUGUCUGCUGCUGGGAGCUGGCACCCUGGGCUGUAGUGUUGCAAGGACCUUGAUGGGCUGGGGGGUGAGGAAGAUCACUUUUGUGGACAAUGCAAAGAUCUCCUACUCCAACCCCGUGCGGCAGCCGCUCUACGAGUUCGAGGAUUGCCUGAGUGGGGGCAAGCCCAAGGCUCUGGCAGCAGCAGACAGGCUGCAGAAAAUCUUCCCAGGAGUGAGCUCUGAGGGCUAUAACAUGAGCAUCCCCAUGCCAGGCCACCCAGUGAAUUUUUCGGAGGUGACGAUGGCCCAGGCUCGGAAGGACGUGGCGCAGCUGGAGGAGCUCAUCGAGGCCCACGACGUUGUGUUCCUGCUGAUGGACACUCGGGAGAGCCGCUGGCUGCCCGCUGUCAUCGCAGCCAGCAAGAGGAAGUUGGUCAUCAACGCUGCCUUGGGAUUUGACACUUUUGUUGUUAUGAGACACGGCCUAAAGAAACCAAAACAGCAAGAAUCUGGUGAUUCACAUUUCAGCAACGCCUCUGCUUCUUCUGAUCUGCUGGGAUCCUCUCUUUUCUCAAAUAUCCCUGGCUACAAACUGGGCUGCUACUUCUGCAAUGAUGUUGUGGCACCAGGGGAUUCCACCAGGGAUCGGACACUGGACCAGCAGUGCACGGUCAGUCGGCCUGGACUGGCCAUGGUGGCUGGAGCCCUGGCAGUGGAGCUGAUGGUUUCUGUCCUGCAGCAUCCAGAAGGUGGUUAUGCUGUGGCCAGCAGCAGUGAUGACAGAAUGAAUGAACCACCCACUUCCCUUGGGCUUGUUCCUCACCAGAUCCGAGGAUUUUUAUCCAGAUUUGAUAAUGUUCUUCCAGUCAGCCUGGCAUUUGAUAAGUGCACAGCCUGUUCAGCCAAGGUCCUUGAGCAGUAUGAACGAGAAGGGUUUAAUUUCCUAGCUAAAGUUUUUAAUUCUUCACAUUCCUUCCUGGAAGAUUUGACAGGUCUGACUUUAUUGCACCAGGAGACACAGGCUGCUGAGAUCUGGGACAUGAGUGAUGAUGAAACAAUUUGAAAUCAGGUGCUGAGGAGUAGGAGGAUGCUCUGGAGUGCAGCCCUGCCUUUUAUCUCUGCUUUGAGGAGUUAAUGAUUGCUUACCCCUCCUGACUGCUGGAAAGACAAACAAACAGAACCCACGUUUUGCCAUGAAUAACUUCCCUGAAAAAGCAGUCUCUUAUGGACAGAACUCACCAUGUUUUCAUUUUUAUUGUGUAAAUAACUGCAGCAAUGUGCUUAUGUUUAAA